GUGUGGGACAGUUUAAUUUUCUCAAUCGCAAACGGUCUCAUUCUCGACUCGUAGCUCGUCAAAUCAGGAUGGACAGCUUGGAGAAGCAGCUUAUUUGUCCCAUUUGUCUGGAAAUGUUCACGAAACCGGUUGUGAUUCUUCCUUGUCAACAUAAUCUUUGCCGGAAAUGUGCUAAUGACAUUUUCCAGUCCUCAAAUCCAUACCUUCCCACCAGAGGAGGCACAGGGGCGUCAGGUGGCCGUUUCAGGUGUCCGUCCUGCAGGCAUGAAGUUGUGCUGAACCGCCAUGGGGUCUACGGUCUGCAGAGAAACCUUCUGGUGGAAAACAUCAUUGACAUGUACAAACAGGAGUACAUCAGCAGACCUUCUCCAGAGAGGAAGGUUGACCAGCCAGUGUGUGAAGUCCAUGAGGAUGAGAAAAUCAACAUUUACUGCUUGACCUGUGGCGUUCCCACUUGUUCUAUGUGUAAAGUGUUCGGCGCCCAUAAGGACUGUGAAGUGGCCCCUCUUAACAGUAUUUACCAGACGCAAAAGACAGAGCUCUCGGAUGGAAUAGCAAUGAUGGUGGGCAAUAAUGACAGAAUCCAAGGCAUCAUCAGUCAGUUGGAGGAGACCUGCAGAAGCAUAGAGGUUAGUCACCCUGUGAAAGAAACAGGUAGUCAAACUAUUGAUAAUUUGUACGCCAUCCUGGAGGACAGGAAGAGAGAGAUGAAUGUGAAAGUGAACGCUGAACAGGAAGAGAAACUGAGUUACAUACGUCGACUCACAAGAAAGUAUGGAGAUCAUCUGGUGUCCAUGACCAAAAUCAUGGAGACAGGAAUCCAGACACUGGAAGAACCUGAGAUGGCUGUUUUCUUACAGAAUGCCAAACCCCUCUUGCAAAAAAUUUCAGAGGCAUCGAAUACGUCGCACCUGGAGAGAGUGGAGCGUAGCUAUGAGAACAUGGAUCAUUACUCUGUGAGCUUCAAAAGAGAGGGCAGGGCACUACGCAAUAUCGACUUCGCCAGAGAUGAUGAUGAAGAGGAGGAGGAUGAAGAUGAGGAUGAGGUGGGUGUCGAUGCGGAUGGCAGGCAGGGCAAACAGCCUCGGGAGAAUUGGAUUCACUGAAUGAAGCCCUUCCGCCUCUUCUUCCCCCACAACCCCCGAGCACACGCAGAUCCGCCACAUCAUCCUAAC